AUGGCAUUCACUGCUGGACUAAACAAAUCAGCAACCCCUGGACGGUCAACUUUUGUCUUGAACACUGUGAAAGUGUCACGUGAUCAUCUAGAUGAAAACAAGAUCAGAGUGCGGGACUUUACACGGUUCAACGUAUCCGGACGAGUGUUCCUAAUCAGAACAGAAAACCUGAACAUGUUUCCCGACACCCUUCUAGGAUCCUCAGACAAGAACAGGUUCUGGAGGGAUGACCUCAACGCUUACUACUUUGAUAGGAACAGAGAGUUCUUUGUAUCUGUCCAACAGUUCUAUCAGCUGAAAGACACUAACCCCACCUCUAAUCCUGACACUAUCCCAACUAACAGGCAGUUGUCUGCUAACAGCAGUGAUGGGUUUAGUCUUAAAGCGAUAAAAUCAGUAGAUCCAAGUCAGCGAGAGAAGUUGUAUAAUUUGCUGAACUUUGCCAAUUCGUCCUCCUCUGCGAAUGUGUUAGCGUGGGUAGACUGUCUACUUAUCGGCUUAUCAGUCAUCAUGCUUAUCAUCGAAUCAGAACCGACCUACAAGAAAUAUUUCGCGGAGAAUGGACAAGAAGCCCAUAAGUUCGCGUUCGCAGCUAACUCCGUGAUAAUGGGUUACUUUACCUUCGACUACGUUUUGAGAAUCAUCGCUCAUCCCUCGACUUUAGGGAUAUUCCGAGUAACGCGAGUGUUUAAACUAGUAAGAAGAUGUGAGGCUCUUCUAGUCCUGGUCAGAGCGCUAUCCAGGACUACGAAAGAGUUGCUGUUGCUCGCAGCAAUGGUUUCUCUCUCGGCUCUGUUGCUUGGAUCCGUCAUGUACUACGUUGAAUACAGUCAUGAAGUAGCAGAAGCUUGCAGUAGACAAGGUAGAGAGAUGAGUAUGAGAUGCAAGUUCAAUAGUAUCCCCAACUCCUGCUGGUGGGCUGUUAUCACAAUCACUACUGUUGGGUACGGAGAUAUGGUACCUGAGACAUUCCCUGGCAAGAUUGUUGGAACGAUUGCGGUGUUUCUAGCAUUGGUUUUGAUAGCUCUGCCCGCUACGAUUAUAGUAACUAAAUUCAGCGAGGAAUACGAGAAGGGAGUCAGUCAAGUUGAACAAGAUGAUGUUAUGGGGUGA